AUGCGAGGGGAGAACGGCAGCGGCAAGAUUGCCAUUACCGAAAAGACACCUUUGCUAAUGGCUCUCAUCGCCUUUCGUUUGCUCAAUGCUAUGAUAAUACGGACCACUUUUGUGCCAGACGAGGUGUGGCAGUCAGUUGAGGUAGCACAUCGUUGGGUCUACGGAUUCGGAGCGCUAACAUGGGAGUGGACUCCCACAGUGGCAAUCCGCUCCCCACUCUACCCCCUCUUCCUCGCUGGGAUCUACAAGGCAUUAGCCCUCUCUGGCGUAGACUCUCGUGCCGCAAUCGUUCUUCUUCCUCGCCUCUUCCAUGGUCUUCUCACCGGUGUGACUGAUUUUACCAUCUACUUGAUGGCUAUUCAAUUAAGCGGAAAAUUGUCUGCUGAGUGGGUGCUGCUGGCAGAGACAACGAGCUGGUUCACGGCCUACUGUGGACCACGCAGUCUCAGUAACAGUCUUGAGUGGACGCUGCAUGCAAUGGCCUUUCGCUAUUACCCUUGGCCACCGAGACUUGGUUUGGAUUCCGCCUCCACCACUGCCGUUCCCUUUCUGUUUCAUGUCUGUCUCUGCAUCCUGCUUCGUCCAACUGCAGCUGUACUCUGGGUCCCCGUGUGCCUCCAUUACCUUCUUCGGAUUUGGUAA